CCUGCAGCUUUGCAGACUGCGCAUACUGUUGAGGUGAGGUGUGGUCUGUCUGACUCCUCAGAUGGCAUUUCUCUCAGAGAUCCGCAUUUGAACCGCUGGAGAGGAGAGAGUAACAUUAGACCAGCUGCCAUGGCUAAAGCGGAACACACUGAGACUGCAGAACCGAACCAGAUCGGACCGGAUUCAGAGUCUGAUUCGGAUCCGGAUGAUCAUUUGCCUAGUGUGGAUGCAGCAGCGGGAUCCGGAGCAGUCCGCCUGGCUCAGGUGAUCCACAGCGGGCACUUUAUGGUCUCCUCGCCGCACAGUGACUCCGUGAGAAAGAGAAGCGUGUGUGAUUUCGGCACCGUUAAUAAACCGGGCUGCCAAAUCUACAGUUUCGGUCCAUUAAGCUCCAGACGCCUCAGCAUUGACCCCUCUCUCACCCGCCUGUUUGAAUGCAUGACACUGGCCUACAGUGGGAAAAUUGUGUCACCAAAGUGGAAGUCUUUCAAAGGCUUGAGGCUGUUGUGGAGGGAUAAAAUCCGGCUGAAUAACGGUAUCUGGAGGGCUUGGUUCAUUCAGUAUGUGGAAAAAAGGAAGAACCCUGUGUGUGGGUUUGUCACGCCAUUGGAGGGUUCGGAGGCGGAUGCCCACGGCAAACCUGAGGCGAUUGUUCUGGAGGGAAGCUACUGGAAGAGACGGAUAGAAGUGGUAAUUAAAGAAUAUCACAAAUGGAGAAUUUACUAUAAGAAAAGACUUCAGAAGAACAAAGAUCUGCUUUCCAUGCUGCAAAAGAGGCCUAUCUGCAGGACAGGGCUGGAGAAGUGGACCAAUCAGAUUUAUCCAGAGCCCGAGGCGGCAUCAGAGGAAGUGCACAUGUUUGACUUGGACUGCUUCCUGUCGGAAAUCUCAGACACGUUGUUCACCAUGACCCAGAAGCCCAGCCCCUGGAGUGGAGAACGCCAAAACACUUAUACCAGUAAUGCAGACAUGAUCCAGCCCGGUUUGACACCACUGCAGCCCAACUUAGAUGACCUGAUGGACAUACCAGACAUCUUCAUGAGUUACCGUGGGCAGGCCACAGACCACGUUGGUUAUUUUGACUGUGGCUUCUUUGAGAGUUCAUCUAGUGCUGCGUUUCCUCCAACUCCUGCCCCUGCGGUCACCACAUCACUGAUACAGACUGGUCCUCUGAUAACACAGCCCACUCUCUCAGAUGAAAGUUUACCUCAACCCUCCUCAUCUGUAAAUCAACCUGGACCCAGUUUCCCCCGACAGACCCUAAACCCUGACCUGACCUUUGACCCCAGUGCUGAAACCUCAGAACCCAAGUUCAAAGGGCACUCAGAGUAUAUCAGUGAAUUCCAUCACUCUCUGAACCCUUUGUCUGGCAUAACUUCUUACGGACAGCACGUGUCUUUCGGUGGCCACGCCGCUGGCGCGGCAAGCACAGAGAUGCCAGGCGCCAUGGCACAGGAUACUCCUUACUCGUACCCAACAGCCUGCCUCAGACACAGACAUCCAUUCAGCCAAUCACGGACCAGCACGGCCGCCACGUCCACCGUUAUCACCCACACGGGUUCUGCUGUGACCGCUCUGCCAUUGGAUGCCCAGCACGGCCUCGGAUACUCCAGCAUGGCAGAGAUGUUUCCUCCUGUAAACUCUUUAGGAUACCAGCCCUCGCACGGCCUCUCUCACUGCUUCUCCAUGCCGCAGCAGAUGGGCGUGGCAACAGCCAGGGGGAAGCACAAACAAAAGCCUGAAAGAGUCCAAUUAGUUGGCACGGCGAUGAAGUCAUCAACAGCUCCGCCCACACAGACAAGCCGCCUGGCCAAUCUCCUCUCUUCUAGAUCUCAAGAGCGAAAACCUUCAUUGAAUAUUGACUCUUCUAUAACUGGGUCAAAGGGCCAUAGAGCAGCGUCACCUAUUUCUUCUCCAACCGGUAGCAGUCAAGGGGGAUCACAGAUUUCCCACAAUCCCCCCUGGGCUUCUACAUCACUGUCAGCGCUACACUGUCAGACGGCCGUGUCAGGUCACACCCACAGUGGCACAACACAGGGUAGUGCCAUCUCCUCUCUCCUCACGCAGCAAACGCCACUCCUGACACCCAAAACAGAGAAUUUCUCCCCUGUGCAAGUGCACGCUACAGAGAGGACCAGUUUAGCAGUGAGUUUUUCAAGAAGUGUUGGACAGACGUCCCCGACAAAUCCACCGGAGAAAAACCCAGAGUCAUCACACUUCUUACCCGGACAAGCCAAGAUGGAUUCCACACGAACUGAUACACGGCGGAUCACGCACAUCUCUGCUGAACAGAAGAGACGCUUCAACAUCAAGCUUGGGUUUGACACGUUACACAGUCUGGUGAGCACGCUCAGCUCACAGCCUAGUAUAAAGAUCAGUAAGGCCACCACACUGCAGAAGACAGCGGAGUACAUUGGUAAGAUGCAGCAGGAGAGAGCUCAACUUCACGAGGAAGCUCAGAGACUCCGAGAUGAGAUACUAGCACUCAACUCGGCCAUCAACGUGUGUCAGCAGCAGCUUCCUGCGACGGGCGUCCCAAUAACACGGCAGCGUUUUGACCUGAUGAGGGAGAAGUUCAGAGAGUAUGUGAGAGAUCAGACGCUGCAGAACUGGAAGUUCUGGAUUUUCAGUGUCAUUAUUGAGCCCCUGUUUGAAUCGUAUAACGGUAUGGUGUCCACAGCCAGUGUAGAGGAUCUGUGUCGCACCACUCUCUCCUGGCUGGACCAGCACUGCUCUCUGCCCGUGCUCAGACCCACCAUUUUGAGUUCACUUCGUCUGCUCAGCACCUCCACGUCAAUACUGUCAGACCCCAUUCUGAUUCCUGAACAAGCCAUGCAAGCCGUCACUCAGGGACAUUCACCCCACAGCUACAACCACUGACAACAUGUUGUAUUCUCUCAAAAGUGCAACCAAUCUAUCCCACAGCUGCAAGGUUCCACGAUGGUUAGGACGCUGUCACAAAAGGCAAGGCAGGUCACUAGAUUUUGGACCAGAGAGAAUGGCUGCACACUCUCUAUAAUACUGCAGCCAAUCAUAUCAUCUAUCUGACAACGGCAACCAAUGACAAUGCAGCGUAACUCUCUCAAAGCUCUGGCCAAUGCAAUGAUAUUUCACUUAGUCUUGCAACCAAAUGGUGAAUGGUCUGCACUUAUAUAGCGCCUUUUUAACCUUAGCGGUAUUCAAAGCACUUUACACUGCAUCUCAUUCACCCAUUCACACACACACAUUCACACUCACACAAUAACACUCACACACCAAUUAUGGCAGAGCUACCAUGCAAGGUGCUAGCCUGCCAUUGGGAGCAACAUGUGUCUUGCCCAAGGACACUUUGGCAUGUGGAGUCCUAUGGGCCCUGCAAUUGGUGGACAGCCCCUCUACACCAACUGAGCCACAGCCGCCGACAUGACAACCAAUGACUCAACUAAUGAGUUUAGGGAGAGGGGGAGGGGGGGCAUUAUUUAUAUCACAGUCGAGAGACAAAAGGAAAUUAUGGUUAGAACAGAGGGUGAACAGUAUCGAGAUAUGAUUUGAACUAGAAUCAAUCUCACUUUGCCCACAUCAGGGCACCACAGCUCUAUUCAUGUUUAUCAGAGCACUAAACUUAGAUUAGUUCUGUGUAGUUCAGUCGGUAGUUUUUCACAUGCUGUGAAAAUGUUUUAUAUGCCUUAGUGUAAAUGCCACAGCAUAUGUUCUCAAUGGAAGCUGCGCUUUUCUUCCCAUAUCAUUGUUUUGUAAUUCCUAUAAAAUAUUAACGAAUGUGAGUGUGAUACAGUGAAAGACCUAAUCUAUGACAUUCUGUGCCUUGUUUACAUUACAACAUGUGCUUUCAGCUUUAAAAUACACAAAUACUUGGCCUUUUAAACAAGGUGUGAAUUUGUAGGAUAUUACUGGUUCAAAAUUCAGCAAUAAAUGUAAAAUUUGACCGUGUUUUUCCUCAUUUCUUUCAGAUGUUAUGAAGUAACCAAACUAAAAUCUCUAUAUGCACAUUUUAACACCCUCUUCUUCCUCUGAACUUUGACCUUGAAAGUUUUUUCAAAACACUUUGUGCUAGGGUA